UAUAAAAAAAAAGAAAAAAGAAAAGGAAAAUGAAACCAGGUAUUGAGGAGCUACAGAGGGGAGUGUUUUCUUUGGUUCUACAAACCGAAGGAACGGUUUGCUCUGACUCUGUUUCAAUCCCAUAACUUUUUCUCUGAUAAAUUUUCCAACUUCAUGUUUCUAGAUUCUCACCUUCCAGGAACAACAAAUUCAAACUGUUUCAAGUUUCUCACACAGACUCUGCACAUUCCCAUGCUCAAAUAUGGCUGAAUCGGGAAUCUAGCGGAUUCCUUCCCUCCCCUCUUUUUUCCCUUUCUUUAAGAGUUUUUCAGCUCCGGUUAUGUAAACCCAGAACGCGAUCGGUUGUUGCUGUGAUUGGAUUUGGUGGGAUUUUCUUCUUUUUGUGUUUUUCUUCCACCCUUUCUAUAUCUGGGUUAGUUGGAUUAGUUUCCCGGAGAUAUGAAAGGUGGCGAUGAAGCUAUGACACCUCCGGUGGCCUCCUCGCAGCCUCUUGAGUGGAAAUUCUCUCAGGUGUUUGGUGAACGUACCGCCGGCGAGGAAGUACAGGAAGUUGAUAUUAUUUCAGCAAUUGAAUUCGAUAAAAAUGGCGACCAUCUUGCUACUGGAGAUCGAGGUGGUCGAGUGGUUCUUUUUGAGAGGACAGAUAGAAAAGAUAAUGGAGGAACGAGAAAGGACUUGGAGAAAAUGGACAAUCCAGUGACUAGGCAUCCUGAGUUUCGUUAUAAAACAGAGUUUCAGAGCCAUGAACCUGAGUUUGACUAUCUCAAGAGCUUGGAAAUAGAGGAGAAAAUUAACAAAAUCAGAUGGUGCCAAACAGCCAAUGGUGCCCUCUUUCUAUUAUCUACUAAUGACAAAACCAUUAAGUUUUGGAAGGUGCAAGAAAAGAAGAUCAAGAAAAUAUCCAACAUGAAUGUGGACACGUCGAAAGCUGUUGGCAAUGGAUGUAUUGCUAGUUCAAGUAUUUCAAGUAGUUCUACACCACAUCUUCCAAAUGGAGGUUCCUGUGAUGGAGUUUAUAAUCAUUCAAGCAGUGACUUAUUGGGGGCCAUCUCAUCACUACGUCUACAAGUGGUAACUAGCCAUGAGUCGAGUCUUCUUGCUAGAUGUCGUAGGGUAUACGCCCAUGCUCAUGAUUAUCAUAUCAACUCUAUCUCCAAUAACAGCGAUGGUGAAACUUUUAUAUCGGCUGAUGACCUGCGGAUAAAUCUAUGGAACUUGGAAAUUAGCAAUCAAAGUUUCAACAUUGUUGAUGUGAAGCCUGCUAACAUGGAGGAUUUAACUGAGGUGAUUACAUCUGCUGAGUUUCACCCUACGCACUGCAACAUGCUAGCAUAUAGCAGUUCAAAAGGAUCAAUCCGCCUAGUUGAUCUGCGGCAAUCAGCAUUAUGUGAUUCUCAUGCCAAACUAUUUGAGGAGCCUGAGGCACCUGGUUCUAGAUCAUUUUUCACAGAGAUAAUUGCUUCAAUCUCAGACAUUAAAUUUGGGACAAAUGGAAGAUAUAUAUUAAGUCGUGAUUACAUGACUCUUAAGUUAUGGGACAUCAACAUGGAUUCAGGUCCUGUUUCAACCUUCCAAGUUCAUGAAUAUCUAAGACCCAAGCUUUGUGAUUUAUAUGAAAAUGAUUCAAUCUUUGACAAGUUUGAGUGUUGUUUGAGUGGUGAUGGAUUGCGUGUAACUACGGGUUCCUACAGCAAUUUAUUCCGAGUUUUUGGUUGUUCUCCGGGAAGCACUGAGGCAACAACUUUGGAAGCUAGCAAAAAUCCAACCAGGAGACAAGUGCAGACCCCUUCAAGACCUUCGAGAUCACUUAGUAGCAGCUUUACAAGAGUUGUGAGACGAGGAGGAUCUGAGAGCCCAGGGGUUGAUGUAAAUGGCAACCCUUUUGAUUUCACAACUAAGCUGCUGCAUCUAGCAUGGCAUCCAGCUGAAAAUUCAAUCGCCUGUGCUGCCGCAAACAGCUUGUACAUGUAUUAUGCAUAAGAAGAGAGGCUGAACAUCAAAUGACAUCACCCACUUAACCUUUUCGACUUCGUCGGUAAAAGUUCUAUCCUUUCUCAUCAACCCUCAAUCACGGAAGCUACAUUCAUCGAAUUCCACAUGCCUACAAUAUCUGGUGCAUACUUCUAUUACUGUGCAGGGCCUAAAAAUUUCCACAAGAAAGCACGUUGUUUAUGUUCCUCGGGCAACAUUCCUUUUUCUUCUCUUCUUUCAACCCUAUAAUUGUCUUUUCAUUUCCUUUCAUAGUCCUUUCUUUUCUUCCAAAAGAGAAAAGAUUUAGUUCUGUUCCAUAUUUUGUUGGGUUGAACUUAGGGAAAUUCUGAUUGUAGCUCCCCCUGCAACAAAACUACUGAAGUUGUAGCUCAAUAUCUUCUUCCACUAGGUUCGAGAUUAACAGAUGUAGUUUUUUAGUUAACUUCUAAAAGUUUCGGUGGGAAGAAGCUGUUAAAUCUUGCGGUACAUCAAAUUAUUUUUUUCAAUUGAUUCAUUGUCACUCUCAGAAAUUACAUCGGGAUGUUUUUUUUUUCUCCAUAAUUUAUUACUGUAGUUUUAUGUAAAGAACAGUUAUAUUGAAUGUAGCGUAUAUAGCUCUGAAUAUUUUUGUCC